AUGGCCCCUAGAAUUGGAGUCUUCCCCGCCUCUGGUGGUCUCGGAACGAGUAUAGUCAAUCACCUCUCGAAACUUGUCUCAGCAACUCAAUUGGUUUUGAUUGCACGUAGCCCGGAGAAGUGGACGAACCUGGGCCAGGUUGGUGCCACACUGCGAUCUGCAGACUAUGACCAGCCGGCCACACUUAAUAAUGCUUUUGAUGGAGUUGACGUUUUGAUGCUCAUCUCAUACGCAUCCUUCGAGAUCGAGCACCGAGUGAAUGCGCAUCGCACGGCGAUUCAGGCUGCGAUCAAAAGCGGCGUGAAACAUAUCUUCUACUCGUCCCUGGGAUUCGCGGGCGACCUAACGGUCCACAGUGUAGCCCAUGUCAUGGGCGCACACCUCGAAACAGAAAAAUAUCUCGCUGGACUCACGGAAAAAGUCACCUACACCUCCGUCCGUGAAGGACUCUAUUCAGAAUCAUUCCCGAUUUACACGGCAUGGCUAGACCCAGCCAACCCUCCCAACGAAAUCACCAUUCCUCACCCCGGAACCGGACCAGGAGUCUCAUGGGUAAAACGUGACGAACUUGGCGAAGCGACCGCCAAACUGAUCACUUCUUACAUCGAUCACCCCGAGACCUUCAAGUACUUGAACAAGAAAGUCUUGCUCACUGGUCGACGGGAGAUCUCGCUUGCUGAGACUGUUGACAUUCUGGGCCGUGCGAUUGGAAAGUCUUUGAAGAUUCGUGAGAUUUCUGUUGAUGAGUACGAGGGUCUUUCGCAAAUCGGGGACAAGCAUACAUACCAUGGGGUGAACCUUUCGAGAGAAUGGGCUACGGCUUGGGAGGCUAUUAAGCAAGGAGAGACGGCUGUUGUAUCACCGGCCAUGAAGGAGAUUCUUGGACGGGAGCCGGAAAGCUAUGAAACUACUAUCCAAGCAUUGAUUGGUUGA